AUGUUUUACGAUCCAGUAGAUCAACAUAAGAAAUUUCUAUGCAGUGAGUCGUUUGCUGGUUUUGUUUUAGAAAUUCCUAGCCAAAUACGCUGCAACUUUGUUGAUAGUGGUGAAGUCAACUCACUUUUUGCCAAACAACAUGGUGUUCAUGUGGGUUAUGGUUAUCCACGAUUUCAAUUAGUAGUUAAUUCGAAAUCAACGUCAACACUUCAUUACCGUUUAACUGGUGGCAAUAUCGAAUUUGGACAAAAGAAGUUUAACGAUCCUAGUCUAACGAAAAUUAUGGAAACAGAAGAAAUUAAAAUAUUUUUCAGUAGGCUCCUUCAAGACAAAUUAUCACCUUUUUACAUCAGUGAACUUAUCCCACAGGAUGAUGUUGGAAUUCAUGACGAUGAGAAUUUGGCACAUAUACCUUCAUGUAAUGUACCUAAAGCAUCUCAGAAUAAACUCAGGUUUGUACACAAAAUAGUUGGAGCAACAUUUAACAAAUUAGCGCUGAAUCCUGAAUGGACAUCUGUUGUUUAUUUUACAGCGAAUUGGUGUAUCGGAUGCAAUCGAACUAUAUAUGAAUAUUUUACAAAAUUAGCUGAACAUUAUUAUAAACAUGGUCGCAAUGAUUUAUUAUUCGGUUACUCUAACUAUGAGCUAAAUGAAUAUGAAGGGCUGAAAGCCAAAAAAAUGCCUAGAAUUAAAAUUUUUCCUCGGCAAUCAACAGAACAGAUAGAUUUUGAAGGGCCAGAAACGUUUGAUCAUAUCAGGAAGUUUAUAGAAACUGUAGAAGUUAAUUCUAAUUCAAAUGAAGCAAAUGGACACGGAACAGUCUUGUUUUCUACAAAAGUUCUGAACUUUGUCGAAAAUUUGAAUGCAAAUAAUCCACUACGAACGUUUGUUGAUUUAACGAAUACAUCAAUUGGGGAUGCUAUAGCUGAUAUCCUAUUAGUCGAAUAUACUCUGGCCUGGUUGAAUUGGUCACUUGUUAAUUGGUUUGCCAUGUAUAAAGAUUUACCAUCGAAACAGUUGAAAGUUACUGUUGCUAAGCGUGAUGCUAUUAAAGUUACAUGGGAUGAAAAAUCUAUCACGAAUCCAGUUGAAUUACAAGUUAGUUAUUCUUUUCAAAUAAUGCUGUUUUGUGAACCUUAUUUAUGGUUGAAUCACUUCAAAUAA